GAAUGCCAAUUUUGGUGGUCCAAUCCGUUUUGAUUUGUCUUGUUGAAUCCCUUUUUCUUGAUUUCCUCCUCCAUUCAUACUACUCUCCUUGACUUUCUCCUUUCUAACAUAUAUUCUCGUGUUCCAGUUGCUUUGUCCUUUGUCUUUUCACUGUUCUGUGUCGUGAAUCCCAAGCUCUAUCGCUCGAGAAAUCACGUCUUUUUCUCUUCUGGGUAAGUCCUCUCCUUCGCAUUCCUCUGUUAGGAAAUCUGAUCUUGCUGCUGCUUGGGUUCACACAGUCUUUUGAUCGAAAGGCUUUGCUUCGUGAAACGGCUUUGGCUUGGUGUGUUUCAGGCUUAGACGAAUGGUUAUUACCCUCGCUGGUUUUGCAUCAGAGUCUCUCGAAUUUUUCUUAAACUACGCUCAACUCAGUGGCAUGAUAAACGUAGCUUGAGGUCUUUGGAAGAAUAAAGAAAAAGCUAUGGGGAGUUUUUGCUCCAAGAGCCUUGGAAUCAAUUUUGGCAGUGAGUAUUCAGGUUCAAGUGUGGCUGAUGAUGCUAGAGAACCCGAUUUUGGCUACCCGCAACCAUCUGGGCAGAUGGGUUUGUUUGGUCCUGGUGUGAGGCAAUGUAUGGUUAAAGACGUCAAGGAACAAAACCAGUUGAAAGAUGUAUUCUCUUUCCGCGAAAGGGAAGCAGAAGAUAACUUCUAUGAUGGGAUUCCGAGGUUGCCCAUUGUUCCAUCACAGAAACUUAGGUCUGCAAAAUCUACUCAAACUGCAGUUUCAAAGGUUACAGAGGCAAGUGUGCUUUUAGGCAAAGCGGGUUUAGGUAAAGCAAAGGAUGUUUUAGAUACUCUUGGGAGUAGCAUGACGGAUCUUAGCAGCGGUGGAUUUACUUCUGGGGUUGCAACUAAAGGCAAUGAACUUGGGAUCUUAGCCUUUGAAGUAGCAAACACAAUUGUUAAAAGCUCAAAUCUCAUUGAAUCCCUUUCUAAGAGGAACAUCAUGCAUUUGAAAGAAAGUGUCCUUUAUUCCGAAGGUGUUCAAAAUCUUGUCUCGAAUGAUUUUGAUGAACUCCUCAGACUUGUUGCUGCUGAUAAGAGGCAGGAGCUGCAAGUUUUUUCGGGAGAAGUGGUUCGGUUUGGAAACCGAUCAAAAGAUAUUCAGUGGCAUCAUUUACAGCGCUACUUCGACAGGAUCAGCAAAGAAUUAACCCCUCAAAGGCAGUUGAAUGAAGACGCUGUGUUAGUUGUUGAACAACUGAUGGUUCUAGUGCAGUAUACUGCUGAACUAUACCAAGAACUCCAAGUAUUGGAUCGAUUGGAGAAAGACUAUGAGCAAAAGCGCCGAGAAGAAGAGAACUCAGCUAGCAGCAGUGAUGGCCUUGCAAUCUUAAAAACGGAACUUAAAUCCCAGAGAAAGGUAGUGAAGAGCUUAAAGAAAAAGUCGUUGUGGUCGAGAGGUUUCGAGGAGGUAAUGGAAAAACUAGUAGACAUUGUACAUUUCUUGUUGCUAGAGAUUCAUAAUAUCUUCGGUGGUGCCGAUGAUCAACCAUCAAAGAAAGGAGCUGCAGAUUAUGAUAAAAGAUUGGGACCUGCUGGUCUUGCUUUACAUUAUGCAAAUAUUAUUGUGCAGAUUGAUACACUUGUCGUCCGUGCAAGCUCUAUAACUUCAAAUGCAAGGGACUCUCUAUACCAAAGCUUACCCCCUGGUAUAAAAUUGGCUCUUCGUUCCAAGAUUAAGUCUUUCAAUGUCGAUAAGGAGCUUUCGGUUGCACAAAUUAAGGACGAGAUGGAGAGGACACUGCAUUGGCUUGUCCCUGUUGCAGCCAACACAACCAAAGCUCAUCAUGGUUUCGGUUGGGUUGGAGAGUGGGCAAAUACAGGGACUGAUUUCACUAGUAAGCCUAGUGGUGGAGAUAUACUACGCAUCGAGACACUCUAUCACGCUAGUAAAGAAAAGACAGAGAUCUACAUUCUUGGACAGCUGAUUUGGUUACAACAUUUGGUUACAAAAGCAAAGAGCGACGCUCGAGGAGUUCCUAGACUUUCUUCUAUCAAGUCUGCAUUGAAUACUACGAACCAGCAAUUGACAUCUGAACCACUCAGUGUCCCAUUAAUAACACUUGAGGAGCAAAAGAUGUUACAAGAGGCAAGCAAAAGAAAGAGGAAUCCAUGUGUUAGCAAGAGUCAAGAUUUUGAUUCUGAGUUCUCGCGGGCAAGAAAGUGUGACCCUUUGAGCAAAAGCAGUGACUAUUUUCGUGGAGUGAGAAGAAGCAAAUCAGCUGCGGUGAAGAGGUUUUCUUCAGGUUUUCUGCUUGAUUUUGUUAUCGAGAAAGAAAAAGCGUUGGAUGUGAUUGAUCGGGUCGAUGUGCCGAGAGAUUAUAAAGCAUUGUUGAAAGAAGGUAGCUUGAGCUUCUAAUGGAAAGAGGUGUUUUGUGGACCAAUGCACAAAAUUGGGCUUCUGAUUUCAAUAUAUAUUUGGUUGUAUAUAAGAGCAUAAAAGAAGGCUAUGGAAGAAGUUGUAAUGUGGCAUCAGGUUGUUAGAUCAUUUGCAAUAUUUCAAUAUAGUGAUACAUUUUUCAAAAA